GUUUUUCUUAGAACAUGUUUCUCACAGUUCCAAUCACUAUUGUUCUAUCAGUUAUAAUAUGUGUUUGUUUGAUAAGUCUUCUUUAUGGUUGGAACAGAAUCACAUCGCCGAACUUCCCUCCUGGACCCAGCCUCUGCCGAUUAUUGGAAAUCUCCAUAUCAUUAACAAACGUGCACCCUAUAAAACAUUUCUAGAGCUGGCAAAACAGUAUGGCCCAGUAUACAGCGUCCACAUGGGACUUAAUAAAAUGGUUAUACUCUGUGGAUAUGAAACCGUGAAAGAUGCGCUAGUGAACCACGCUGAAGAGUUUUCUGGAAGAGGAACAUUGCCAAUUUUUCAUGACAUAAAUAAAGGAAAUGGUAUUAUUUUUGCUAAUGGAGAGAACUGGAAGGUAAUGAGGAGAUUUACUCUUACAACUUUACGGGAUUUUGGAAUGGGAAGAAGAACAUUAGAAGAUAAAAUUAAUGAAGAAUGUGACUUUUUGGCGCAAAAACUUGAAGCCUUUAAGGGAAAGCCAUUUGAAAAUACAAUGAUCAUGAAUGGUGCUGUAGCCAACAUUAUUGUUGCCAUAUUACUUGGUCAUCGCUUUGAUUAUGAAGAUCCAAAAUUUCUGAGACUAAUGAGCAUCAUAAAUGAAAAUAUAAGGCUUUUGGGAAGUCCAGCAGUGAUGCUAUACAAUAUAUUUCCAUCUUUGAUGCGCUGGAUUCCAGGAAAUCACAAAACAGUUCAUAAAAAUAUUGCAGAGUUUCAAAGAUUUAUUAAAGAGACAUUUACAAGUUACAAGGAUCACUUGGAUGUAAAUGACCAGAGAAAUCUGAUUGAUGUGUUUCUGGUCAAGCAAAAAGAGGAAAAACCUACUCCUGGAUUAUAUUUCCACAAUGAAAAUCUAGUUAAUCUUGUAGGGAAUUUGUUUGGUGCUGGAAUGGAGACAACAUCAACCACUCUUCGCUGGGGUUUGUUGAUAAUGAUGAAAUACCCUGAAAUACAAAAAAAUGUGCAAAAUGAAAUUGAAAAAGUGAUUGGAUCAGCUAUGCCCCAAAUGGAACACAGAAAAAAGAUGCCUUAUACUGAUGCAAUUGUUCAUGAAAUUCAACGAUUUGCCAAUAUUGUACCAUCAAAUCUUCCACAUCAGACUACAAGGGAUGUAUCUUUUAAAGGAUAUUUUCUUCCAAAAGGGACCGUCAUUCUCCCAGUGCUAACUUCUGUAUUGCGAGACAAGGAUUAUUUUGAGAAACCAGAUGAGUUUUAUCCUCAACACUUUCUUGAUUCUGAAGGGAAUUUUGUACGGAAUGAUGCAUUCAUGCCAUUUUCAGCAGGUCAAAGAAUUUGUGCUGGGGAGAAUUUAGCCAGAAUGGAGCUGUUUCUGUUCUUUACAAGACUGUUGCAGAAGUUCACAUUUCGUCCUCCUCCGGGUGCUCCUGACGUUGAUCUUAUUCCAAUGGACGGAGCUACUAGAAAUCCCAAUAAAUAUCAGAUGUGUGCUGUACCUCGUACCUAGAUGUGUGCUGUACCUCAUACCUAGAUGUGUGCUGUACCUCAUACCUAGAUAUGUGCUGUACCUCGUACCUAGAUGUGUGCUGUACCUCAUACCCGAUGUGUGCUGUACCUCGUACCUAGAUGUGUGCUGUACCUCGCACCUAAAUGUGUGCUGUACCUCAUACCUAGAUGUGUGCUGUACCUCAUACCUAAAUGUGCGCUGUACGUCGUACCUAGAUGUGUGCUGUACCUCGUACCUAAAUGUGUGCUGUACGUCGUACCUAGAUGUGUGCUGUACCUCGUACCUAAAUGUGUGCUGUACCUCGUACCUAGAUAUGUGCUGUACCUCACACCUAGAUGUGUGCUGUACCUCGUACCUAAAUGUGUGCUGUACCUCGCACCUAAAUGUGUGCUGUACCUUGUACCUAGAUGUCUGCUGUACCUCGUACCUAAAUGUGUGCUGUACCUCGUACCUAGAUAUGUGCUGUACCUCGUACCUAAAUGUGUGCUGUACCGCGUACCUAGAUGUGUGCAGUACCUCAUACCUAAAUGUGUGCUGUACCUCGUACCUAGAUGUGUGCUGUACCUCAUACCUAGAUGUGUGCUGUACCUCGUACCUAGAUGUGUGCUGUACCUCGUACCUAAAUGUGUGCUGUACCUUAUACCUAGAUGUGUGCUGUACCUCGUACCUAGAGUAGAAAAUAAAGAUUUAAAUGUGGCCUUUUGUCAACAUGUUUGUAAUUAAGAUUUAUCUUUUUUGACUCCAUAUUAUGUUUAAUACAUUUUUCUAACUUUAAAUGUUUUUCAAUGUUAGCUUUUUUAUCAAAUCCAAGUUACAAAACUGUUACAGAUAUUGGGGCAUAUUUAUCAAGCUCUGUAUGGAGCUUGAGGCCCCAUUGUUUCCGGCGAGCCUUCAGACUCGGCGGAAACAGAAGAUAUGAAGCAGCGGUCUAAAGACCGCUGCUCCAUAAUUUGCUUCCUGCUCUGAGGCGGCGGACAGAAAUCAACUAGAUCGAAUAUGAAUCCCAAGAAAUAUCAGAUGUGUGCUGUACCUCGUACCUAGAUGUGUGCUGUACCUCAUACCUAGAUGUGUGCUGUACCUCAUACCUAGAUGUGUGCUGUACCUCGUACCUAAAUGUGUGCUGUACCUCAUACCUAAAUGUGUGCUGUACGUCGUACCUAGAUGUGUGCUGUACCUCGUACCUAAAUGUGUGCUGUACGUCGUACCUAGAUGUGUGCUGUACCUCGUACCUAAAUGUGUGCUGUACCUCGUACCUAGAUAUGUGCUGUACCUCGUACCUAAAUGUGUGCUGUACCUCGCACCUAAAUGUGUGCUGUACCUCAUACCUAGAUAUGUGCUGUACCUCGUACCUAAAUGUGUGCUGUACCGCGUACCUAGAUGUGUGCUGUACCUCGUACCUAAAUGUGUGCUGUACCUCGUACCUAGAUGUGUGCUGUACCUCAUACCUAGAUGUGUGCUGUACCUCGUACCUAGAUGUGUGCUGUACCUCGUACCUAAAUGUGUGCUGUACCUUAUACCUAGAUGUGUGCUGUACCUCGUACCUAGAGUAGAAAAUAAAGAUUUAAAUGUG